GCAACCAUGGGACUAAGACUGUUUCCCCUCCGCGUGUGAAUCUGCGGCUCUUCGCCGGGUGGAAACUGAAGCAGUGAUAGAAAUACUCGUUAGUAUUGUAAAUGUUCUUUUAUAUUCCUUCAUUCGAGAAUUUUUACAAAGAGUGGGUUUUAUCAUAUGGCAAAAUCAACUUUUUAACCAGCAACGAUUCGUCUAUCGCAUAUUACCAGUGUCUCGGUAUCCCCUAGAAUCAUUUUGGUUAUUCUUCAAAAAACAUGUUUCUCACGCCUGGAGUCAGGCGACAAUUGGCCGCCGCCUUGACAUGUUCCCUCUGUUGUCUCAUCACAGAGCUGAUGGUCGGCUGGGCGGCGCCUAGCCUGAAAAAGUUGCGAGAACCAGAUUCGCCAGUUCACUUGACUCGUCACCAGGAGGCAUGGGUGGUGAACGCUAUGUACUACGGCAACAUCGUCAGCCCUUUGCCCAGUGGGUUCCUGAUCAACCUCAUCGGUCGGAAGACCACCCUCCUCAUCGUGGCCGUGCUUCCGACCGUGGGCUGGAUCCUCAUCUACUUCAGCACCUCGGCGACCAUGCUCAUGGUCGCCCGCUUCCUCUACGGCCUCUGGACCGGCGUCAUCAUGACCACCCUCCCCAUCUACACCGGCGAGAUCUCCGAGCCCCACGUCCGCGGCGUCUUCGGCUCCUUCUUCCAGAUCUGCAACUCCGUCGGCAGCAACCUGUCCUUCCUCGUCGCGCCCUACGUGUCCAUCCAAACGAUGGCCGUUCUCUGCGGUAGCGUCCCUAUCAUGUUCAUCGUUUUAUUCUCGCAAUGUCCCGAGUCCCCCUAUUACUACGUCAUGAAGAAGCGACCGGAUGCCGCGGCGAGGUCGCUGUUCUGGCUCCGGGGCGGGAAACCGGUUUCAGAGGAGUUGCAAGUAAUCCAGACUUCCGUUGCGAACGAGGAGAAACACGGCAGCAGAUGCAUCAACUUGAGCGUCCCUGCCACUCGGAAGGCGUUCGUCAUCGUGGUGACGAUGAACAUCUUGCAAAGGUUGAGUGGAAUCAGCUUCAUGAAAGCCUUUUCGUCCGUCGUGAUGCCCAGGGUGGGUAUCCUCUCGCCUGAUCACUGUACGAUCAUCAUGGGGGUCGUUUGGACGGUUUCGUCUUUCAUCUGCACGGCGCUUAUAGAUAGGGCUGGCCGGAAACCAUUGCUCUACGCCUCCAGUUUAGGGAUAUUUGUCUCGAUGCUCUGGACCAGUGUAUGGUUCUAUUUGAACGACAAGACGGACGUAGAUGUAAGCCACUUGAGCUGGCUCCCUCUGGCGGGAGUGCUCGUCUACGGGUGCACGUUUUCCUUCGGGCUCGGGCCAAUCACGAAGCUGUAUCCGGGUGAAAUGUUCCCGAGUGACGUCAAAGGGCAGGCCGCGGCGCUAACGGUCAUGAUCGCGGCGUUCUCGUCGUCAGUUAGUACGGGAUUGGCUCCAAUUCUGAACGAACAUUUUGGCGUUUAUUCAAAUUUUCUUAUUUUCUCCCUCAUAGGGCUGAUCAAUCUCCUCUUCACGUAUUUCUGCGUUGUUGAGACGAAAGGCAAGUCCCUACAACUCAUUCAGGCGCAGCUGAGAGGUGAGCGACUGGACGAGAUACGAGACAGUGAUGCUUCUGAGAAGCACGCCUAAACCUCAGGAUCGUAUUUAUUGAUUAAAGUCACACGUAUUGUUAGUUAUGCUUAAAUCGGGAUUCGGCUCAACGGCAGAGCUGAAGAGGCAACUAAAGUAACGUAAACAUAUGUAAACACUCAAGAUGCAUUUCAAAACGGUGCCUUUAAAUACGUUAGACUGUAAGAAGAUUUUCAUUAAGACUGAUAAGUAUAUUGUAAAGUUUUAUGCACGUGAGAAAGGUUUUAAAAUAAUACUCAGAUAAUGUUUUAAGAUUUUGAUGUACUCUCAUGAUUCUAUUGGAAUAUUUUUUAAAUGUAUUUCAUCAUACUAGUCGAAGUGAUAUUUCAAAGAAUGAAUCAAGUCAUAUUUUCAGAGAGAUAUACCUGUAACUGAAAGAGAGAGAGAGAGAAAAAUAGAGAAACGAAGAAAAAAAUAGGGAGAGAGGAAUUUAGAGGGGAGAGAAGAGAGAAAAAACUGUGUUGAAAUUGAGAAAAAUAAAACUUCAAAUCCUUCAACUUCAACUUUGUCUCACCUGGUGUGACUUGGUAUCUAAUGUAAUUUUCACCUAAAUGUGAUCUCUACUACAAACUCAGUUCUAUAGACUCAUCAAUGUUGAGUCUGGAGCUGAUAAAUUUAAGGUCUAACUUUUAGAAAUAUAUUAAAUCGCAAUUUUGUACAGCAAUGUUAAAAUAUAAAAUAUGUAGACUGGUUAUAAUCAAAAUAUUUCAGGCAGGUUUAUAAUUAGCCACGAGAAAGCUUAGGAAUGUACGAAAUUGUUGAAAUAAGUUGUAACGUUAGGGCCACGAUUAUUUGUGGCCAAAGUUUUAUUAUUAUACAGAAAAUGAACGCAACUUAUGAUAAUAAAUACACACGCUAAGAUUUUUAACAGUGGGUGCACAAGUUCAGUAUACAAUUAUACAUGAUAUCUCACCGUUAAACCUUUUCUUAAAAAAGCUAAGCAACUUGUCACUGAAAUGAGUUUUCUUCCGAGGCCAAACUUUCAUUCCAGUAUCACGUGACAUUUUGGAUUCUAAAUUAUACAUAUUUCUUGGCUGUUAAGUCAUCGGUAAAAAAAGUUUUAUUCAAGAUGACAAGAACAUUAGACCGCUCCUCAAGCGUGGCAUUUGAUGAAUUUUCAGUAAAUAAUUAUUUUUGUACAUGGUAUGAGUACGUUGAAAAGGAGAGGAAAAACAGAUUUUCAGAUUUUCAAAAAACAUCAAUUACCCCAAUGUCUAGAGUAAAAUGCAGAUUACUACAUUCCGCAUAUAAAUCAGCAGAUUUCAUUUAGAAAUAACAUUCCUUAAUCUACCCGUAUCCACAAUUAAGUCAGACUAGACGUCUAAUGUUUUUUUGCAUUUCAAAUCGACAAAUGAAGCUUUCCUCAAGUCCUUUUCUGAUAAAAAUAAAGAGCUUGAAUUGUGUCAGAAUUAGAACACGUCAAACGGUUGCACUGAAAUGAAAUUAAGGUGCGUCAGCGCUUUAAGUGAAGUUAAGGUUGUUAAAGAGUUCAUAUUUUACCGCUAAAAUUAGAAUGAACACAGUUUCCUUGUCCAUGCAGGAGGAGAAGGUGGCUGAUUAUUUCGUUUAUAUAAUUUUUGACCACUUAGUUAUACAUACAUUAAUACAUUUUUAUUCUUAUUUCCUCGUAA